AUAUAUGGAUUUUAUAUCAUACCAACUGGCAGUUUAUAAUGAUGAAUAUUUUCUGUGUUAGUUCAGCAAUGUGAGUCUUUGUGUCUGUGUGGUUGGUCGUAACAGUACCCACCAUCAUGAUCCGAAUAUGGAUGCUGACCUGGCCCCUGACGCCACAGGACCCGAAGAAGACGAAAUCUGUCGAGAAAACGCCCUUAGUUAAGGCCGAGAGCGUCGAGAGUUAUGAGAGCACGGAAGUACCAGUCACCACCAAGGACCGGAUACACCCAAUAGUGUCAGGCAGGGGAUCCGAAGAUCAAACAUCUUCGCUGAAACCGCUCGGUAAGAGCACCGACGCGCCUAAGACGUACAAAGAGAACGGAUAUGUUGUUGCAGACGGACGCGAGAGCGCGCUUCCCUUGAAGGCAAAUGACCCACGGGAAGAUGACAUUGUUCCCGAUACGGGGUCAACGCUGAAAGCAAACCCACGCUAUACACCUGGUGGUGAUGGUUUAGAUAACGAGGAGGACCGUCACCGCCAGUUACAUCCAUCACAAGAUAAGGGGAUCAAACAGCCGGCUGGAACUGACUCUCGGUACGAUGGGCUUACACCGUCGCCAAAACAAACUUUGUUUCAGAUGGCAAACGAUCGAAAUAAUCCAGGACAAAAUAGCGGCACAGAUGACAGACAACGUACCCUCUCUUCAUCACCUGACAGUCAACACGGAAACCAUGCCAACGAAUACCCAGGUGGAGACGAAACAAGCCUUUUGAUGGCUCCGGGUAGAUCGCGGGCUCCGGGGGGAAUAGAUGGCAGCGGACAUAACGCGGGAGCUGAUGGACACAAUAGAUAUGGCGCUAUCCCCGGGGAAACAAAUGGCAAUUCUCCCUCUGACUCAGAUAACGGAGUAUCUUCCGCCAGGUAUCCGAAUUCUGAUGGCAGUAUGUCCAAUGGUCACGGGGAUGACACGAAUGGUUAUGGUUCUGAAGGUAAAGCUAACCUUCUGAUUCCCCCUUCCGGACGAUCGCGAAAAGGUUCCAAUGGUGAAAAUGAAAGAAAUCCAAAUUUGAAACGCUCAGAAAGACACGGCAAGGAACUACCCUCAGGCCAAACCAGGGGCAGACGACUCGAGGAAAGUCCAGGACGGAACUCCAAGUCCAGAUCGCCCUCACUCAAGUCCACUGCUAAACGUCCUAGUGACAAGGAUGACGAAAGUUGGAGAGAACCUGUACUGAGAGAGGAAAAGCCAGCGAAACCAACUGUUAGAAAAAUGGGAUUCGGAAGCACUUAUAAGCAACCUAAACCUGUCCCAAACGAUCCGUCAAAGGAUUCCAAGAAACGGAAAGGUACUGCCUCGUCCAAGCCCAAAGGAGCAUCCGAAGUUAUUGAGCCAGAGAUGGUUCGGAACACCAAGACGCAAAAGCCUCUCUCAAAGGCGCCAGCUGGAUCAGAGAAGAGCAGGAAACCAGGUCAAGGUCAAGGUCAACGUCAAGGAGAGACAGCAAACUCGGAUAGAACUAAACCAGGACAGGACACUACACCAGGCUCCACAGCUGCUGCAACCCCAGAGAAUGGAGGUUUUGACGCCGAAACGCCCCUAACAUUUGUCGUGCCCGAGCAGAGCUCGCAGACAAACGAUCCCGCCCCCCAGGAGGAGUAUAUAGUUCUGUAUAAUGACAUUGAGGACAGUGAUGGAGGUGACAGAGACUGUAUUGAGGGAGAAAGCAGCACGGACCUCCACACCUUGCCCCGGCGUCCAAAGCCGACAUCAGGAACUGACCACCAAGCUGAAAGCGUCGCCAGGGACACUAGAGCACUGCAAAGAAGUAGACCAGGGCACCUGGACCUCCAGUUCGAUGCUGGUGAGGCCUCCGAUGAUCCCUACGAUGACCAAAGACACCCCGAUCAGAGACGAGAUGCUGAUGCUGGGAGAGAUGAGCGUCCAGGAGGACCUGGUGUUGAGAGUUCCCAGAGAGUGCUCCAGGGUUCCUCCCCCGCAUACCACACCCUGCCAGGGGAUAGGGAUAGAGGGUAUGACAACAUGAACGUGGACGACCCAAGACAAGGACUCAGACGUCCUGCAGUCGACGAAGUUUCAGAAACAGCAGAUGUAGGAGAUGCUCCAAACAGAAAAGGCAAACUUGGAAGAUUACCACGACGGGAGGGCACAGACUCCGCCCACACUGAGGUCAACGAGUCUACACCUGUGGCUGCCAAGAUGGCGGCUCCGAGGGGUGCGGCGGGCACUGCGAGAAUGGACGACCCCGGAGAACAAGCACCACGUGGCGGAGUGGGCGGGGCCCCAUCAGGUAAGGAUGCUGACAGAUCACAGAGGGAACUUCAAGGGUCAAGGCCAGCAACGCUCACGACGGCCGGUGGAGAUGCAGACAGCAUCGGGAUGAAUGACCCACACGGACAGCCACUACGUCGCCCUGCCGUUGACGAGGACUCACUGGCAGAAGAAGGAGGGAGGCGAACAAAAGGGUCACCAGGAUCUCUGAAUGUACGGAGAGCCACUGGGGAUGAGGAUGUGAUUGUUCCUGAAGACGCCCAUGUGUCCCACGCACAGCUGAAGACAACAGGCGCUGGUAGACCUGACGGUGAUUGGGAUUCACCCACAUCUCUCGAUGUGAGGAGAGCCGCGGGAGAUGAAGAUGUGAUAGUUCCUGAAGGUGCAAGUAUUUCCCACGCCCAGCUCAGACCUUCCGGGGGGAUCGAAGACAAUGGCAGGGGUCGGCAGAUUGACGUACUCUCAGGCCAAGGCAACCAGCCUGACGGUAGAGACACACCGUCCUCCCAACGUGAGAUGGAGGAUCCUGGAUUCAGCACACGCAUCAUGUCCACUGCACGACCUUCUGACAGAGACGGGAUGACAGAUGGACAACGUGGAGCUGCAGUCCGGAGACCACAGGACACAGACCCAUCUGGUAAAGCACCACGUGGCGGAGUGGGCGGGGCUCCAGCAGGGAAUGAUGCUGCCAGAUCACAGAGGGAACUGCAAGGGUCAAGGCCAGCAACGCUCACGGCGGCCGGUGGUGAUGCAGACAGCAUCGGAAUGAAUGACCCACACGGACAACCACUACGUCGCCCUGCCGUUGACGAGGACUCGCUGGCAGAGGAAGGAGGGAGGCGGACAAAAGGGUCACCAGGAUCUCUGAAUGUACGGAGAGCCGCUGGGGAUGAGGAUGUGAUUGUUCCUGAAGACGCCAAUGUGUCCCACGCACAGCUGAAGACAACAGGCGCUGGUAGACCUGACGAGGAUGCACCACGUGGCGGAGUGGGCGGGGCUCCAGCAGGUAAUGAUGCUGCCAGAUCACAGAGGGAACUGCAAGGGUCAAGGCCAGCAACGCUCACGGCGGCCGGUGGUGAUGCAGACAGCAUCGGAAUGAAUGACCCACACGGACAACCACUACGUCGCCCUGCCGUUGACGAGGACUCGCUGGCAGAGGAAGGAGGGAGGCGAACAAAAGGGUCACCAGGAUCUCUGAAUGUACGGAGAGCCGCUGGGGAUGAGGAUGUGAUUGUUCCUGAAGACGCCAAUGUGUCCCACGCACAGCUGAAGACAACAGGCUCUGGUAGACCUGACGGGGAUUCACCCACAUCUCUCGAUGUGAGGAGAGCCGCGGGAGAUGAAGAUGUGAUAGUCCCUGAAGGUGCCAGUGUUUCCCACGCCCAGCUCAGGCCUUCCGGGGGGAUCAGUGACAAUGGCAGGGGUCGGCAGAUUGACGUACUCUCAGGCCAAGGCAACCAGCCUGACGGUAGAGACACACCGUCUUCCCAACGUGAGAUGGAGGAUCCUGGAUUCAGCACACGCGUCAUGUCCACUGCACGACCUUCUGACAGAGACGGGAUGACAGAUGGACAACGUGGAGCUGCAGUCCGGAGACCAGGAGACAGGGGGUCUCCACCACAGGACACAGACCCAUCUGGUAAAGCAGCACCACGUGGCGGAGUGGGCGGGGCUCCAGCAGGGAAUGAUGCUGCCAGAUCACAGAGGGAACUGCAAGGGUCAAGGCCAGCAACGCUCACGACAGCGGGUGGAGAUGCAGACAGCAUCGGAAUGAAUGACCCACACGGACAACCACUACAUCGCCCUGCCGUUGACGAGGACUCGCUUGCAGAGGAAGGUGGAGGGCGAACAAAAGGGUCACCAGGAUCUCUGAAUGUACGGAGAGCCGCUGGGGAUGAGGAUGUGAUUGUUCCUGAAGACGCCAAUGUGUCCCACGCACAGCUGAAGACAACAGGCGCUGGUAGACCUGACGUUGAUGGGGAUUCACCCACAUCUCUCGAUGUGAGGAGAGCCGCGGGAGAUGAAGAUGUGAUAGUUCCUGAAGGUGCAAGUAUUUCCCACGCCCAGCUCAGGCCUUCCGGGGGGAUCGAAGACAAUGGCAGGGGUCGGCAGAUUGACGUACUCUCAGGCCAAGGCAAUCAGCCUGACGGUAGAGACACACCGUCCUCCCAACGUGAGAUGGAGGAUCCUGGAUUCAGCACACGCAUCAUGUCCACUGCACGACCUUCUGACAGAGACGGGAUGACAGAUGGACAACGUGGAGCUGCAGUCCGGAGACCAGGAGACAGGGGUUCUCCACCACAGGACACAGACCCAUCUGGUAAAGCAGCACCACGUGGCGGAGUGGGCGGGGCUCUAGCAGGGAAGGAUGCUGCCAGAUCACAGAGGGAAUUGCAGGGGUCAAGGCCAGCAACGCUCACGGCGGCCGGUGGUGAUGCAGACAGCAUUGGAAUGAAUGACCCACACGGACGACCACUACGUCGCCCUGCCGUUGACGAGGACUCGCUGGCAGAAGAAGGAGGGAGGCGAACAAAAGGGUCACCAGGAUCUCUGAAUGUUCGGAGAGCUGCUGGGGAUGAGGAUGUGAUUGUUCCUGAAGACGCCCAUGUGUCCCACGCACAGCUGAAGACAACAGGCGCUGGUAGACCUGACGGUGAUGGGGAUUCACCAACAUCUCUCGAUGUGAGGAGAGCCGCGGGAGAUGAAGAUGCGAUAGUUCCUGAAGGUGCCAGUGUUUCUCACGCCCAGCUCAGGCCUUCCGGGGGUAUCGAAGACAAUGGCAGGGGUCGGCAGAUUGACGUACUCUCAGGCCAAGGCAACCAGCCUGACGGUAGAGACACACCGUCUUCCCAACGUGAGAUGGAGGAUCCUGGAUUCAGCACACGCAUCAUGUCCACUGCACGACCUUCUGACAGAGAUGGGAUGACAGAUGGACAACGUGGAGCUGCAGUCCGGAGACCAGGAGACGGGGGGUCUCCACCACAGGACACAGACCCAUCUGGUAAAGGAAUCCGUGACACACCAGACAGGGAGCAGAUCAUAGCUGACAAGCAACAGACUGUGAAGUCCCAGAAUCAAGGCCCGGGUGUCGGACUCAUAGAGAAAGGUCCACUGACUGCCGGGGAACGGAGACAUGCAGAAGCGCUGAAGAGCAAUGCCUUCAUAGACCGAGUACACAUUGAACUUCCUCCUGUCAGACUGCGGAUCAUCAUAUAUGUUCGGCCCGGGUGCCUGAGCAUACCAUACAACGCAGCUGCGGAACCUGGGCAGACACCUGAACAGACACAUGGGCGGACACCUGCACAGACACCUGCACAGACACCUGCAGAGACACAACAGAAGAAGCAGAGUGUGACAUUCGGAGACACGCCCGCACAUUCCACCACACAGCUUGGAGAAAAGUCCACGAGUUUUGAUGAAGGAGAGACGGCGAGAAAGAGGAAGACGUUUGCACGUGUCUCGAGGAAGGGGUCCAGGCGUCUCAGUCGACUUCGUUCGUUCAAGAGGUCGUCGUCCUUAGAGGACGUGGAGUGCUUGGAGCCCGUCAUGCCGGACCUAGCUCCCGUUGGACCCGCAGACAAACGGAACACAAUGAUGAAAAAGACACGAAGCUUAGAUAAUCUUGACGACGACCAACCGUUCUGGUUUGACCGCCAUCAAAGCAUAGACCUGAAUUCAAUCGAAGCCAGGCGUCUGUACACACGAGAGCUGGAGAUAAUACCCGGCGACUCCGUGAAACAGCUGGUGAAGGGCUUCGAAGACUACAGUCGGCGCGUCAGUAAGGAUUGGACGUAGACGCUGCGGACCGCUGCAUGAUGAUACUGUCCACAUUUGUAAACUGAUACUUUGACAAAAUUUAGAUUUUGAUUUUAACGCAAAUGGUUUAUUACGUGUGGACUCGAUGAAGUGCCAUCGAUGACAGUGUCCCAAAUAUCAACGAAACACGAUGGCUAUGUGGUCUUUUAAAUAUGCUUGUUAUUGUUAUUUGCACUCAACACUUGAACGUACGAACUAUCUAUUUCUAUUUAUCAAUGGCGUAAGCGUCUGGUAACGCCCGCAAUGCGUCAGCCAGUUCAUGACAGGGGAAUCCGAAUGUAAACGUGACAUGUUGUACCCCGGGGAAUCGACUCGAACAUGAGUGACGUGACAACGCUCACCCACUCACGUAGGUUCCCCACUGUCCUUAAUGGGCGUGGCGUCCUAAGUGCGGGGGAUAUCCAUUGCUUUCCCUUAACUCCAUUGAUGCUGUGUAUAUAAUCAGGUGAAGGCGCAACUUCAAGUUUAACUUUUUGUCUGUAAACAUAGUGAUAAGAACUGUCUGUGAUAAGAUAUAUGUCCAUUCUUCUGCUGUUAUUGUUUAUGUUAAAACCUGGUUGGUGCGUUGUGUUCAUUGCCUGGGUCAGACAUUCGACAAUAGAGAGAAAACACCCAUGUGAUCCAUUAUAACAUGUUGAACAAAUGCAGAGAAACAAUAUAGAUAUACUUCCAUAUGCGAAUAGCGCAUUGUGAUAUUGUCUAAUCCGCGAUACGGAUUCAACGACUGAUAAACUGCGAUGGCUAAAUAUGUCAAGGCUGGUCCAGGUAGUGUAACCUAUAGUUUUUGUGAAGGAUAUUAUCUCGUUACAACGUUGAAACCAUGCAAAAGGAGUGAGACACCUCCCCAAUAGAGAACCACCGGGUGUCUGUGUCUAGGGCUCCCGAGAACCUCUGUAUCCCAUAUUAAAUUAGCAAAUAAAUGUCGUUUGCCAAGGA